AUGCAAAUUCUAGAAGAUUUGGAGUACGACGCGUCUUCACCAGAUGAAAUUGCUUUAAUUAGUGCUGCCAAUCACUUAGGAUUUGAAUUUGUUUGUCGCCCGAUGCUCAACGAAAUCAUGAUAGCCAUCACAAAUGAAAACUUGUUGAAUGUAUUCUUGGUUCAAGAACAGAUUGAUUUUUUAAAUGAGCAGCGGAAGAAAUUUCCGGGAACGAACAGCUAUGUAACAAUUACGUUUCAUCUGUUUGACAUGCUCGAGUUCGACAGUGUUCGAAAAAUGAUGAGCGUUAUUAUUUUGACCAACGAUAGAAACUACCUAAUUUUGACGAAGGGCGCAGACACGAACAUUCUGAAAAACGCCUCUGACCAGAAUGAAAGUGGCGCAUUCGAUUUGUUGAAUGAUACUUUGCAUAAUUUCGCCUGCAGCGGACUGCGUACGCUGGUUUUUGCGUACCGAAUAGUGUCAGAAGAUACUGCAGCUUCGUAUCUGGAGCAGCUCAGUUAUGUGAAGUCGUGCACUUCAGCGCAUCCAAGCGAGUUAGCCGCGAUUAGCUCGCAUAUCGAAUCUGACUUCUUGAUUUUAGGCUGCACCGGUAUAAACGACCGACUGCAAGAUGAUGUUCCACAGACUAUACAGGCCUUUAAAGACGCCGGAAUUAACAUUUGGAUGCUCACGGGAGACAAGGUGGAAACUGCGAUUUCUGUGGCGCAUAGCGCAAACUUGAUGGAUGAAAAAACCUUCAACGUGAUCUUAUCUGAAACAGAUGUAACUUUGCUUAACCAUCAAUAA